AUGCCAAAGUCAAAGAGAAAUAAGGUGGUGUCCCUAACCAAGGUCAAGAGAAAGGGCAGAGAAGCCAAGGAGCAACUUGUAGAACACAUUCACGAAGCCGUUGAGAAGUUUAAGAAUUGCUUUGUUCUAUCGUUUGAUAACAUGAGAACUGGUCCAUUCAAGAAUAUGCAGAACAAAAUGAGAGAUAGCAAGUAAUAAAUCAAUUCAUUUUAUAGUCAAUAUAGGUUCUUCCUAGGAAAGAAUAAGGUCAUGCAAGUGAGUCUAGGUAAAUCACCAGAGACUGAGCCAGCAGAUAAUGCACAUCUCAUCUCUAAGUACUUGAAAGGAUAAGUUUGUUUAUUGUUCACUGACAAAACUGAGAAGGAGAUCUAAAAAUUCAUUGAUGAAAAUAAGCAACCAGACUAUGCAAAGGCAGGAGCCAAGGCAGUAUUCACUGUCUUCUUGCCCAAAGGAACUGAGGCACUUCAAAAUUACGGUCAUGGAAUGGAACCAUACUUGAGAUAACUAGGAUUGCCAACAAAGUUGAACAUGCAGAAGAUUGAACUAUUAGCUGACACCUAUGUGUGCAGAGAAGGAGAAGAGUUAAGUGUAGAAUAAUGCAAAAUUUUGAAGCUAUUAGGACACCAAAUGGCUAACUUCAAUAUGAACAUCCUAGCAAUUAGAGAUAAAAAGGGUAAAUUCAGAGAAACUGAUGCUGGAAAACACUAUCUUAUUCAUAAUAAGGAAGAUGCUGAAUGA